GCUGCAGGGUGUUCCAGCUCAAACAACCGGAAGUAGCGCCGGUCGUUGAGGAGGGAAGGCUAAUUAAUAUUUUGUGUGUUGCUUAAGACAAUGGGCUCUUGAUUAAUGAUAAACUGCAUCUAAAAUGUACGAUAUAAUUAUCUCAAGGUCCGCAACAGCAUAAGUUCAGAUGUCAGAGGAUCACACUGACCUCAGCGUCGGAUAAAGACGCUUCACAGACCUCUGUGUUUCCCUCAACGAUACGUACGAAUGUCCCUCACACUGACGGCCAUGAGUGACAGCACAGCGAGCAGCGGCCAGCAGCAGUGGGCGGGGUCAGGGCCAAUGCCACAGCCCCCCCGCGGCCCCUACAUCUCUGUCAUCACCAACAGGACCACUAACCUGCUGAUCCGAGGGGUCCUGCUGUUCUCUGUGGGCGUGUUUCUGGCCCUGGUGCUGAACCUACUUCAGGUCCAGAGAAACGUCACCCUGUUUCCUCCAGACGUCAUCAGCAGUAUCUUCUCAUCAGCGUGGUGGGUGGCGCCGUGCUGUGGGACGGCCUCAGCGAUGAUCGGCCUCUUGUACCCGUGCAUCGACCGGCGUCUGGGUGAACCUCAUAAGUUUAAACGGGAGUGGUCCAGUGUGAUGCGUUGCGUGGCUGUGUUUGUGGGCAUUAACCACGCCAGUGCCAAAGUGGACUUUGCCAACAACGUGCAGCUGUCUCUGACUCUGGCGGCGCUCUCUAUUGGCCUCUGGUGGACGUUUGAUCGCUCUCGCAGCGGCUUCGGCCUUGGGGUCAGCAUUGCUCUGCUGGCAACGUUGGCCACUCAGCUCCUGGUCUACAAUGGGGUCUUUCAGUAUACAUCUCCAGACUUCCUUUACAUUCGUUCCUGGUUACCAUGCAUCUUCUUUGCGGGGGUCAUCACUAUGGGGAACAUCGGGCGUCAGCUGGCCUUGUAUGAAUACAAAUUCACUCAGGAGAAAACCCACCAGGACUGAGCAGAUCCAGACCCAUCAGAGUGGAUUCGUUUUCAUGGGGCUGAAGUUGGAGGCAGGUGGUGUUUGGAUCGGGAUCACCUGGUUCUCUGUGAUUCCUGGGCUCCUGAUUGGCUGCCUCCCAUUGAUAACAGUAUUUGUGAGCAGCUCCCUGGAUGGACUGGAGCUGAACUGGACCUUCAGAUCAGAUGGAUGUCUGAACCUUUGGCCCAGUUUGUGCCAAAUGCCAGGAGCUGAGUCUGUGGACCUGUGGAGACUCAGAAACCUGAACGGACCUGAUGUUUUGUUCUGGUUUAUCCUGUUCUGCAGUGUUUGAGCCCAGUAUCAGUACCUCCACAUGGACCCUCACACGGCUCUGGAGGCGUUUUUGGAUUUGACACGAGCAGAUGAAGUUCUGAACAUGACGAGUGUUAACACAUGAGGGCAUUUCAUUAACUUUCCGGUAUCCAGGUGAACAUAUUAUGCACACUUUACAUUUCAUGUUAUAAAAGGUCAUAUUAUUUUUUCGCAAUUUGUUUUAGGUCAGAAUUUAAAAGGUGUAAUUUUUUCAUGAUUUUUUAAAUUCUGACCCAUGCACUAAAAUAAGUACAUUGAAAACAAUAUUAAAUUCCUACACUAACACCCCUCUACCAAGUGAGUACAAAAUACACACUGAUACAUUUUACCAUUUAACAUUUGACAUAACACAUGAAAUAAUAAUGCAUAUUAACCAAAGUUGGUGUUAAUCAUUGACAUAUGCCAGAAUGAAAAAAUAUAAAAAUAACUAAUCUAAUUUUUAUGUAGAAUAUUGGG